AUGGGCCAAAUUGUGCCACCGGACCAUCGAUCUUGGCCGCAGCUCACAGCUCGUUGGCUCUCCGACAAAAUGCCGGGCGAUACGGUCGCCUCUGGGCAGCAGGGAUUCCGCAGGACGGGAAGCCCUCCACGGCCCCUGGGAUGGUCUGCCCUAGCUGAGGAUGAUUUGCUGCAGAAGUACUUGGCACAAUACAAUCACUUUCCGCGAAAUCCCGAACAGCUCUGUGUCUUUGCCAAGAACCACGGGCAUCGCUUGCAAUACGCUGCCGCCCGCACUGCGUGGCUGCGAGCGACCAGGGCGGCCACUGCGCAGACAACUCGGACGCCGCCGUCCGUGACGGAUGGAGCCAGCUCCAGACCCCAAGACAGCACUGCCUCCUCUUCCUCGUCAAGUGGCUCCGGUGGCGCGGCGACCCGCGGGUCCUGGCUGGAACGCUACGAAGCUCACUAUCGGCACAGCCCUACGUCUGCACAGCACCUCCUGGCUUUCGUGAACAACCGUGGUGGCAACAUCACCUACACCGUGGCUCUUCAACUGAUGGGUCUCCAAAGCCGUGGCUCCAGGAGUCCCGCGCCCAUCCCUGUGCCCCUGCCGUGGUGGCAAGAUACCUUGGCCAUCAACCGGCACUACCGACGGCUCACGCGGAUGAUCUUCACCACGUUGGUCAUGGAGCGGCCUGAAGCGAAACAUAAGUACGAUAUCCUGCUGUUGGACUCGAGAAAACAGAUCCCAGCCGUGGACCACAGCCAGGUCUCGCUAGAUUUGGCCCGGCGCCUUUUGCUGCUGGCAAGCCCAGCUGUUGUGAAAGUGGGUUCUUCUUGCGCCAUUUGCCUCAGUGAGAAGAGCGAUGCGGAGGAUGGUGGCGCCUGGGUCCAGUUGCCCUGCGAGCACGUCUUGCACCGGAUGUGCUUCAGGGAGCUUGUGAGCUGCUUGGAUCAGUUCUGCCUGCCCUACCCCGUCCCCCAGCCCAUCUCCCCGCUCGGGCUCGGCGGACUAUCGUCGCGGAAGGGCGGGGUUGGCUACCAGCCACGCCCCGGUCUGUCCGGCAACUUGAGGCGGCGCAAACGGCAGCGCCAUCCGGAGGCCGCAGGGCAUCCUCAUCCUCGCAGCCAAGCUGGGCGGCCGGUGGCAUGCCGAUUGCCACGAGCUCAUGCGGCUGCUCGUCGCUACCCGCGCACCGCGCACGCCACCCGCGCACCGCGCACGCCGGCCGCGAUCCGCGCCGCAGCUUGUGCGGCGGAAAAGAAAUUAGGUGGUGUACUGUGCCGAUGUUUCAUUUUGGGCGCGGGCUCGUUGGAUCAUGCCAUCAGAGAUAAACCAUGUGUGGAUGACCGGGCCACGCGUUGCAGAUGCCUUCUACGGGCCAUAAUCUCUUUCAGUGUCGAUGUCCCUUGUGCCGCUGCGAUUUGGUACAGCGGCUGUUGCAAGAGUAGGUCUGGAAUUGGAUGCUCUGUGACAAAGCGCGGAGCCACUGAGUCAGUGAGGCAGCAGCUCUUGAGAAGUCAAGGACAGGGCUUCGGCUGGCAGGGAUUUGUGCGGGAACCUGGCUAUGUGGAGAGCUGGUGGGGCGAUCGCACCUUUCUACUCCAAUUUGUUUGCUGA